CACUCUAGUUCCUUCCCUUUGCCCAGUGUCACUCCAACUCCAACCACUACAACCAACUUAAUUCAUUUCAUUUCUACCAAAUACUUCCACUUUCCCAAAAUAUGAAUUCCUGGUUUUUCUUCUCAUCCCAUUUCGCCUUCUUCGUUUUCAUCAACUUUCCUUUGUCCUCAAGCUUCGAUUCGUACACAUAUUGUAGUAACGCGUUUAAUUGUGGAGACAUCACAGAAGUGGGAUUUCCCUUUUGGGGAGAUGGAAGGCCGGAGAGUUGCGGCUAUCCGGAACUGAAGCUAACAUGCUCGAACGAUGUUACCGCCAUUGAGAUUAUGGGGGUCAAAUACAGAUUGCUGAAGAUUAACCAAGGUGACCAGACACUCAAAAUUGUAAGAGAUGACUACUGUGACAAAGUUUGUUCGCCGAAGUUUGGGGAUACCAAACUCAAUUCCAAACUUUUUGACUACGUUGUUGGGUCUUCGGACGUCACUUUACUCUAUGAUUGUACUUCUAGCUCAAAAGCUGAAGAUUUCAGCUGCCCCGACGAUGAAGCAUAUGAGGAUGUGGCCGCUAUACCUGCAGAUGUCCCGGAAUCUCCGAUGUGCAAGUCAAAAGUGGUUGUUCGGAUUAGUGAUGCAGCGUUUUUCAGAAUCUUGGGUAUACAGAACGCGACGGCGCUUGAAGUUGUAGUGAGGGAAGGGUUUGAGGUGAAGUAUAAGGUGGAUAGUGAAAAAUGUGGUGAGUGUGUUAGUUCAAAGGGUGUUUGUGGCUAUGAUUGGAAUUUGAAUGAAACUGUUUGUCAUUGCGCAAAUCAAGCUUCUGAGUCCCGGACUUGUUCCGCCGCCACAGCAGAGGCCAUUGACAAUCCAGCAGCAGUGCCACCACCAGCUAAAGGGCUUCCUAGCACGCAGUGCAACAUAAGCAAUACAUUGAGCCCUGUUUUCUCUGUGCCAAGUUGGAUGGUUGAGCAGAUAUCUUCUGGCGGCUGUAGAGAUGAGGUUAUUGUUCCGGUUUAUACAGCAGCUGCUCAGGCUUUUGUGGCCAGUCAAACAACCGUCAGCGAUGCGGUAAAAGGGGGCUUCCCAUUGGAAUUGCAGAUUGACACCGAUCAAUGCAACAAAUGUGAGGAAUCAGGAGGACGGUGUGGGCUUAAUACUAAUUCUGGAUUCAGCUGCUUUUGCCGAGAUCAGGCCUAUGCAACCAUAUGUAAUGGAACUAGUAAUUCAUCUCAACCUGGAGGCGGAGGCGGAGGCGGAGGCGGAAGCGGAAGCGGAGGAAAUAAGCCGCAAAUCAAAAUAGGUCUUGCUGUAGGAGGUGCAAUUCUUUUCGGCGUUUUCGUAGGGUUCUAUGUAUAUUAUUUCAUCCAACGCAAGAAGAAGAAACUUGCUGCACAGACUCAAAGCAAAGAGCUUCCUACACCCCUUACUAGCAAGGGUGUUGCUACUCCCUCGACUGAUCUCUCCCAAUUUCAGAGUAUCCCGUCUUAUCCCUCUUUUACCUGCAAGUCUGACUACGAUAAUAAGGGGAGUACUUACUUUGGAGUUCAGGUCUUCAGCUAUAAUGAAUUAGAGGAAGCCACUGAAAAUUUCAACCCCGCUAAAGAGCUUGGAGAUGGAGGCUUUGGCACUGUAUACUAUGGUAAGCUACAUGAUGGCCGCGUAGUGGCUGUGAAGCGCCUUUAUGAAAACAAUUUCAAACGUGUGGAGCAGUUUAUGAAUGAGGUCGAGAUCUUAACUCGUCUUGAACACCGAAACCUUGUCAAGCUGUAUGGAUGCACCUCAAGACGCAGCCGAGAACUCCUCCUUGUUUAUGAGUAUAUUCCUAAUGGAACAGUGGCUGACCAUCUCCAUGGGAAACGAGUGGAAUCCGGCUGUCUUAGUUGGCCUGUUCGAUUGAGCAUCGCCAUAGAGACAGCUGAUGCACUGGCUUUCCUCCAUCGCAAUGAUGUUAUACACCGUGAUGUCAAGACCAACAAUAUUCUCAUAGACAACGACUUUUGCGUGAAAGUGGCUGAUUUCGGUCUGUCGAGAUUGUUCCCCAACGAUGUCACCCAUGUGUCAACCGCUCCGCAAGGGACUCCCGGCUAUGUCGAUCCUGAGUAUUACCAGUGCUAUCAACUCACAGACAAGAGUGACGUAUAUAGCUUUGGGGUGGUCUUGAUCGAGCUUUUAUCGUCUUUACAAGCCGUGGACACCAACAGGCACCGUCAUGACAUAAAUUUGGCCAACCUGGCUGUCAACAAAAUCCAAAACCAUUUAGUGAAUGAGCUGGUGGAUCCUCAUCUUGGGUAUGAAACAAACUACUCUGUUAGGCAAAUGACAACAGCUGUGGCAGAAUUGGCGUUCCGGUGUUUGCAACAGGAGAGGGAUAUGCGACCAACCAUGGACGAAGUGUUGGAGGGUUUGAAAGCAGUCCAAAACGAAGAUCUUGGUUCAGAAAACGGCGAAGCAGUGGUGCUGGAUAUUCGAUCAGACGAGGUUGGACUUUUGAGGAAUAUGCCACCCCCGCUUUCACCGGACUCGAAUGGAGCUGAUAAAUUGGUUUUUAAGAGAUGGGACAGAACUAUUUAACCCAGGUCAUGCUGGGGAGAGCACUCUAGCUGCUUCUAUCCUCCAGAUCGUGGGAUUGCUUGGUAACUUGAAAUUCUAGGGUGCCACAACACUAAUGUUACUGCCGGAUUGGAGACUAACUUGGUACACGGUGACACAGUACAGUGUACUUUCUUCAUUACACGGUACGACAGGGAUGAACUUGAAUGGUACGGCAUUUUGGGUCGCGGUUUGUUCUGGAGAUUUAAUUAAGAGUCAAUUUAAUGUACUAUACAAUUAUGUUACAUUUUUAUAUACACAAUCAACUAAUAUUUAUUUUUACACUUCAUAAAUAAUUGAACAACAACAAAAGUGAUAUACUUGAA